AAAGCAAAUGGUAUUGUCAGAUCAAGAUCGAAACUUGCAUUGUUUUCUUAUGAAUAGAGAUAAACUGCUAUUAAAGAAAACACGUUCUCAUAAUUAUGUAUGCAUCUCAACUCUAAAUGUGGCAAACGGGUAGUUGUUGAAACUAUUUAAUGCACAUCAUUAAUGUAAGAGCAAGACACUGAAGUUUUACUGCAAGAAAAUGCAAGUAUAUAAAGCCCUUUACCUCUUAAUGCCAUUUGCUCAAAUAAGUUGUCAGAAAACAGAAAAAGGUCACGCAAUUCAAAAUUAUUCCUUGAAGAUGAUAGGUCGAGGAUUGAGGGUAGGGGUGUUAGCAUUGCUUUGCUUUCAUGUCCUUGUAGGGAGUGUGGUUCUCGCUAGAAAUGUGAAAAUUGAGGAAGAGAAGUUUUUGUUUAAGGGAGGAGGAUUUGGUGGUGGUUUUGGCGCUGGUGGAGGUGUUGGAGGUGGAUUUGGUGGUGGGGGUGGUGGAGGUUUUGGUGGUGGUGGUGGAGGUGGUAUUGGUGGUGGAGCUGGUGGUGGGUUCGGAAAGGGUGGUGGAAUAGGUGGUGGAAUUGGGGGCGGUGCAGGAGGCGGGGGUGGUAUAGGUGGAGGCAUUGGUAAAGGUGGUGGUAUUGGAGGAGGAGUUGGUGGUGGUGCAGGAGGCGGGGGCGGUAUAGGUGGAGGCAUUGGUAAAGGUGGUGGUAUUGGAGGAGGAGCUGGUGGUGGUGCAGGAGGCGGUAUUGGUGGAGGAGCUGGAGGUGGCAAAGGAGGAGGAAUUGGUGGUGGCGUUGGUGGUGGUGCAGGAGGCGGGGGUGGUAUAGGUGGAGGCAUUGGUAAAGGUGGUGGUAUUGGAGGAGGAGCUGGUGGUGGUGCAGGAAGCGGUAUUGGUGGAGGAGCUGGAGGUGGCAAAGGAGGAGGAGUAGGUGGUGGCGCUGGUGCUGGUGGAGGAUAUGGAAAAGGUGGUGGCAUUAGAGGAGGUGCAGGUGGAGGGAAAGGUGGCGGAGUUGGAGGUGGAGCUGGUGGUGGUGCAGGAGGCGGUAUUGGUGGAGGAGCUGGAGGUGGCAAAGGAGGAGGAAUUGGCGGUGGCGCUGGUGCAGGUGGAGGAAAAGGUGGCGGCGCUGGUGGUGGAGUUGGAGGGGGAGCUGGUGGAGGUGUAGGAGGAGGAAUUGGCAAAGGUGGUGGAAUUGGAGGAGGUAUCGGAAAGGGUGGAGGUAUUGGAGGUGGUGUAGGAGGAGGAAUAGGAAAGGGUGGUGGCAUUGGUGGAGGAGUCGGCGGUGGUGCUGGAGGUGGAAUUGGAAAAGGUGGUGGCAUUGGAGGUGGUAUAGGCAAAGGUGGCGGCGCUGGUGGAGGAGCUGGAGGUGGAGUAGGCGGCGGAGUCGGUGGUGGUGUUGGAGGUGGAAUUGGAAAAGGUGGUGGCAUUGGAGGUGGUAUUGGCAAAGGUGGUGGUGUUGGUGGCGGCAUUGGUGGAGGAGUCGGUGGUGGUGUUGGAGGUGGGAUUGGAAAAGGAGGUGGCAUUGGAGGUGGUAUAGGCAAAGGCGGCGGCAUUGGCGGGGGAGCUGGUGGUGGUGUUGGAGGUGGUAUUGGCAAAGGUGGCGGCAUAGGUGGAGGAAUUGGUGGUGGCGUUGGUGGAGGUGCUGGAGGAGGAAUUGGCAAGGGUGGUGGCUUUGGCGGAGGAAUUGGUGGUGGUGCAGGAGGAGGAGUUGGUGGAGGUGGAGGUGGCGGCAUUGGUGGAGGAUUUGGCAAGGGUGGCGGUAUUGGUGGAGGAUUUGGUGGUGGUGCAGGAGGAGGAGCUGGUGGUGGCAUUGGAGGAGGUGCUGGAGGUGGAUUUGGAGGCGGAUUUGGUGGAGGAGGUAGUUUAGGUGGUGGAGCCGGAGGUGGUUUUGGUGGAGGAGGUGGUGGUGGAAUUGGAGGAUAUCACUAAACAUCCUCUAGUUAAUGAAUUAAACACAGAAUUAAGCAUGUAUACCAUUGCUAUUGUCAUUAUAUUUUCGAAAUUAUUAUUCAUGAGUAUUAUAUGAAAUGCAAUCAAAUUUCUUCUCCUA